CAGAAAACAAAAUCAGCUGAGACUUGCAGCAGCAUAGCAGCAGAUAGCAGCUCCAAAAGAGAACUUGUUUAUACGUAUAGGUGCAGACGACUCACGAUAGCCAUCAAGGUCGGCUUAAAUGGAUGCUGCUGCGGCAUAUAUAUCGAGACAAGGUAUUAAAAUUUGACGACGAGUGCAUCUUGAUAUGCUUAAUUUGUGAAGCAGUGCAUAUGGGAGUGUACACUGCUUAGCUAAAUCGUCAUUGUAAAAUUAUUCUGUGAUUAUUUGUAAAAAUAAAGAGAUCAAUUGAGAUUUUUCUAAAAAGAAGUGCUAAUAGAAAUGGAGUGCCAAAAAAUUAUAGUUGACUGUGAUGCUGGAACUGAUGAUGCUUUAGCUUUAACAAUGUUGAUAGCAGCUCACAAACAAAAGAAAAUAGAAAUAAUGGCAAUCACUUGUGUUACUGGUAACACAUAUGUUGACAAUGUAAUAAACAAUGUCUUCAGAACUCUGCAUGUGUGUGAUGCUGUAGAUAUUCCAGUUCAUAAAGGAGCAGACUCUGCGCUGCUAUCAACAGAAAAUGCACGGGUAGCUGUAAGUCAUGGAUUUCAUGGUUCCGAUGGAUUUGGUGAUGUCUAUACUGAUAAGCCUGAUAUCAGUAAACUUAAAGAUGAGCAUGCAGUAUGCGCAUUACAUAGGAUAACAUCUCAAUAUCCGGGAGAAGUAACAGUGCUUGGACUUGGGCCAUUAACAAAUAUUGCUCUUGCUAUUAAAAUGUAUCCAGAUUUUGCAAACAAUGUUAAAAAAUAUUUAGUCAUGGGUGGAAAUUUAUCUGCUAUUGGUAAUAUAACAUCACAAGCAGAAUUUAACUUUUAUGCGGAUCCAGAAAGUGUGCAUAUAGUUAUGAGUUUUGCAGCAAAGAAGAUGUGGUUAUUGCCAUGGGAAACGUGUAUGAAAUCAAAUAUUGCUCAUGAAUGGAGAGAUAAUGUAUUUGGAAAAAUAGAUACUCCUGUAGUGGAACUUAUCAAUGCAAUUGAUGGUGGUAUUUACAAUACCAAUGAAAAGCGAACAUGGAAUUAUAGACCCUGUGAUGCAUUUAUAGCUGGUGUUUUACUCAGACCAGAUAUUGCUAAAGAUGUAGUGUUACACCAUGUUGAUAUAGAACUUAGUGGUUUGAAAACGAGAGGGCAAGUUGUAAUUGAUCAUCUCAUAUCAAAUGAACCAAAUGUGCACGUUAUUCAAGAUUUGGAUUUUGAGACUUUCAAAGAGCUCUUACUCUAUGCUGCAAAUCCAAAUACAAAAAACAGUCGUGUACUUUUAUAACAGAAAUUUAUUGAUCGUUUUUUAAUAUAUAUGUAUUUUUAUAUAUAAUAUUUUUAAUAUAUUUAUAACCAUU